AUGAUUCUGAAAGUUGUAAGGCGAUUGAGAAUUCAAACAGAUGGGAAAGAAGAUGGAACUGCCAUGGCGGGUUCGAUGCCCUAUCCAGAUCGUCCUGGCGAACCCGAUUGUAUAUUUUGUUUAAGAACCGGCUUGUGUGGCUAUGGAAACAUUUGUAGGUUUAAUCAUCCAACCCACAUUGGUCAGGCCAAUCAACUUCAACUUGGAGGCGAGCUUCCAGAAAGAGUUGAAGAACCAGACUUAUUUUCUAAAGACGGUGGUGUUAAACAUGGUUGGGUUACCUAUGAGAUAGGAAGAAAAAGCUUGUGCACAUUACAUUCUAACUGGAUCUUCAUUGAACAGCCCUAUUCCUCUGGUUCUACUAAUCUGCCCGAACGGCCCGGGGAACCAGAAUGUCGUUAUUUUAUGCGCACUGGAAACUGCAGAUACGGAUCAGACUGCAAAUAUCAUCACCCAAAGGAAAAGAUUGCUCAACUUGCUGCUAGCUCUUUGGGCCCACUUGGCCUUCCACUAAGACAUGGGCAAGCAGUGUGUUCAUAUUAUAGUCUUUAUGGAAUCUGCAAGUUUGGGCCAACUUAUAAAUAUGAUCACCCUUUGAUGGGGUACUCAUACAACUACAACAUGAGUCUACCUAAUGCUAAUGCUAAUGCUAAUGCAUCAUCUUUGUUCCCAUAUGGAGGGGUGAAUUCGUCAACACUUCAUUCUUCAGGAUCUUCCCCGUCAAAGUCAUCUAAAAAUGAAGGUAACUACAAGUCUACAACUAUUGUUCGGAUGACGUAAAACCCAUGCAUGAUUAUUUAUUAUGGAUUAUGAAAUUUAUGAAUAAGAGUUGUUUGUUAAAAUGCUUAUACGAAUUGCUGGUCAAACAAUUUUGGUUGACAUGGUUUUUUCGUUUCGGUUACUAAUUUUUUUAAUCUUAUUUUUGUUAUAGAUAUUUUCAAUAGUCUAUUUGAGUUUAACAUCUUAGUGUCAUAAAUUUCCCUGUUAUGUGUACCAUUUAUAUAGCAACAUACUUAUAUUUAUUAACCGG